AGUGUGGCCCCAGAAGUGCCAGCUGUCAGUGACCAUCAGUGCCACAUGCCAGUGCUGAACAGUGCCACAUGCCAGUGCCCAUCAGUGCCACAUCAAUGCCACAUAUCAGUGCCUACCAGUGCACAUCAAUGCCACAUAUCAGUGCCCAUCUGAGCUGUCUUUCAGUGUCACCCAUCAGUGCCAGUCAGUGCCAUCUAUCAAUGCCAUCAGUGCCGCCUAACAGUGCCAGUCAGUGCCGCCUAUCAGUGCCAUAUAUCAGU